GGUUAUACAGCUUCAGUCGCCUUUUUCGAGGCGCUCUGGGAGGUGCGUUUUGUGAAAGAGCAUGCUCAGUUGGACAUUGUUGACCUGUCGAUAGGGUGGUGUGAGCCAUGUCUUCGUGAAUCUGGGAUCAGAUCACCCCUCCAUCUCGAAGCAAUGGUGAAAGGUCAAAAGGAGAAGCAAGGAAAGUUCCCUAGGAUUAUCACUUGUCCGAACGAGAUGGUGGCACUCUCAGCGGCGGACGGAUAUGCCCGCCUCACGGGCGAGCCACAGGCCGUAAUCGUCCAUGUGGAUGUAGGAACGCAGGGUCUGGGCGCCGCCGUCCACAACGCCUCUUGCGGACGAGCCCCCGUCUUGAUUUUCGCGGGGCUGUCACCGUAUACCAUUGAAGGCGAGACGCGAGGAUCCCGGACCGAGUACAUCCAUUGGAUCCAGGACGUACCCGACCAAAAGCAGAUUGUCUCCCAGUACUGCCGAUUCACGGGCGAGAUCAAGUCGGGCAAGAACGUGAAGCAGAUUGUCAACCGGGCACUGCAAUUCGCAACAAGUGAUCCCAAGGGGCCCGUGUAUCUGAUGGGGGCCCGCGAGGUCAUGGAAGAAGAGAUCCAGCCAUACCAACUGAAUCCGAAUGUCUGGGGCCCGGUGUCUCCUGCAGCUUUGCCCGCCGCUGGGGUGGAGUUGAUUACUUCUGAACUCGCGGCAGCGAAGAACCCCCUCGUGAUUGUGGGGUACACAGGCCGCCAGGCUGCAUCGGUGACUGAGCUGGUGAAGCUCGCCGACCAAUUCAGGGGGAUCAGAGUGCUGGAUACGGGUGGCAGUGACAUGUGCUUCCCUGCGAACCAUCCUGCUUGGUUAGGGUUGCGAUAUGCAGGCCAUGAGCUGGUGAAGACGGCCGAUCUCAUUCUGGUUAUCGACUGCGAUGUGCCUUGGGUGCCUACGCAGUUUCAACCCGCUGACUCGGCCAAGAUCAUUCAUAUCGACGUCGACCCUCUGAAGCAGCAGAUGCCGGUAUUCUAUAUCAACGCAAUGGCGACCUUCCGGGCGGAUUCAGCGACGGCGUUGAAGCAAAUCAACCAACAUAUCGCAAGCAACCAGUCCCUCCAGCAGUUCAUUCAGUGUGAAGUAAACGUAAACUUUGGAAAGGUCAGACAAGAAGAAUACCAGAAACGGCGACAAGAAAUUGUCGAUCUCGCUGCUAUACCAGACGGGGGUGAUGGGGCUCCUCUCAACGUGUCGUAUCUGAUGGCCCAGGUCCGCAAGGGCUGCCCUGCCGACGCCAUUUGGGCAAUUGAAGCCGUGACUCUUACUCAUCCAGUAUCCGAUCAAAUUUCAGCAACCUUGCCCAAUUCCUGGAUCAACUGUGGAGGUGGCGGCCUUGGCUGGUCCGGGGGCGGAGCUCUCGGUAUCAAAUUUGCAUCGGAUGUUCAGAACGGCGGCCCCGGUAAAGGGAAAUUUGUCGUUCAAGUUGUCGGCGAUGGAACCUAUCUUUUCUCUGUGCCAGGCUCUGUGUACUGGAUCUCACGCCGGUAUAAUAUCCCGGUCUUGACUAUCGUGCUGAAUAACAAGGGUGGAAUGCACCACGGCGGAGACCUGCAUAUCUCAUUUGCACCGACGCCGGACUACGCAGGCAUCGCGAAGGCUGCUGCGGGUGGCGAGCUGUGGGCGGGUCGAGCGUCCACGGUGGCCGAGUUGGCAGAGCAGUUACCGGCAGCAAUCCAGAGUGUCUUGAGCGGGCAAGGAGCCGUAUUGGAGGCCCAACUGGACGGAACUGUUGGGAAGUAUAGGGGAGGUGCAUAG